UUGUUAAGUUGGUAUCGUUCUGUUAUAGCGUUCAAAUGUGAAUCACCAAAGCAUUCUGCGUCUUCCUUCUCAACAACGGACGGAUUCUUCCAUUUCCAUACCACCUUCAUUGCUGAAUUCACUCUUCAAUGCAGCAACAGUAUGAAGGAUGCACCAUUUUAUGCAGUAGUCAAUGGAAACAUCUACAACGUAGCAGUAUCGGUAGAGACUGCGAAAUAUCAGGUCUCUUGGACUCAAGAGCACGAGCAGUCUGAUGCGCAAACCUUUGCCAUCAAGAUUUAUGACGAAGAUGGUAUUGCUGCUUAUCGAAAAGAUCCCAAUACUGCUCCAUUGUUCACUAUCAGCCAUUAUCACCCUGUAAGUUGUCUACUUUUAUGA